GGUGACGUCACGUAAGCUUGCUGAAGACGAAGAAAAGAUGGCGAAAUUCGGUGAUUAGGUGGACUAAAUGGCGCAAAAAUACCACCAAAUCGCUGAAUUGCGCCAAUAUCGCACAGAAUCAGACUUAGAUUAAUCUUUAGGGAAUGGCAAAAUACGAUUGUACGUACUGUAAAGCUGAGAAUUUGGGCUACAGAAUCGAAUGUACGGAAUGCCCCGACUUUAACCUUUGUUUACAGUGUUUCUCGUGCGGUGCAGAAAUAGGUCAGCACAAGAAAGAACACAGUUAUCGUAUAGUGAAUGGCAAUGGCCCGGCUGCAUUUGAUACCCCCCGACCCUGGUCUCUAGCUGAGGAACAUAUGCUGCUUGAUGCAGUCGAACAAUAUGGAUUUGGAAAUUGGGAAGGAACUGCAGGCCAUGUUGAAAGUAGGGACAUGCAAGAGUGUGAAGACCAUUAUGUUACAUUCUAUGUACAGGGAAACAUGGGACGAGAAACAUUCCAGUGUGAUUCAGGUAAUAAGGUGAUUGACCACACCUGUCCUGAUGGAGGUCCUCUGUCACCUAGUAUAACAACUGCCUCUAAACCAUUAGAAUUAUCUCUUCAAGAACAACAUGAUCUCGGUUAUAUGCCAUUUAGAGAUGAUUUUGAAAUUGAGAGUGAUAAUUGUGCUGAACAACUGGUUAGUGGAUGGGGUAUAAAUUAUGAUGAUGAUGAAUUAGAUAUUGCUGUGAAAAUUAGUAAAGUUGACCAAUACAGACUUCGUUUACGUGAACGAGAACGAAGAAAACAAGUGGCUCGUGAUUACGGACUUAUUGUGGCCGCUUCUUCAUUAAACGAUAAAAAAAAUAAAUACAAGAAAAAAAUGUCCAAAGACGAACGAGAGUUACAAGACAAGAUGAAAGUUUUCAGUCAGUUUCAUCCGAUAGCAGAACACGAACAAAUGUUUGAAAAUUUUCAGAAAGAAAAAGAAUUAAAAUCAAAAAUAAAGGAAUUAAAUGAAUUGCGGAAACACGGUAUUACAUUAAUAGACGAUAUUGAAGAUUACGAGGAGGAUAAAUAUAAACGCGAGAAAAAGAAAGAGAAUCGGGCGAAGAUGGGAAGCCUGACCCCAAAAAGAAACUCAACUGUGUCAAAAAAGGCAGAGGGAAAACUCGAAAAACUCGAUAUACUCAUAGACGACGAAGAAAACAAAGAUGAGGAAGUGAGAAUUGAGACAAGGUCGACCAGUCAGCCAGGUUAUGAUUUGAUAUCAGAUCGUGAGAAAAAGCUGUGUAUUUCUAUAGGCAUGUCACCAGCCAAUUAUAUGACAAUUAAAACUUGUAUUAUAAAGGAUUAUUUACAGCGACGCCAAGGUUUACCUGUCAAGAUUCGAUAUCCAAACGGUAUGGACAAAACGCAUCGACGUAAAAUUAUGAGUUUCCUCACGGACAAUGGCUGGAUUGGGGUCACAUGAUCACAAUACUUAGCAUUGUGGGUAAACAGUAAUAUAUCAACAGCUGGGGCUGGCCGAGUUCUGCUCAAAAUGUCUUCUGCAUUCUGAUUGGUAAACAGAAGUGUCACCGACUCUGAUUGGCUGAAUGAUGUGAUUUUCCGAAAGAGUACAUAUAUAUGCGAUUGAACGUCGAGAAAAAAUAUGUCUAAAGAAAUUGAAUCAUAAUAGUGACUUCCACGGAUAAUACAUACAGCUAGUUGACGUUAAAUGUGUGUGCGACGUGUCGUAACUUUUGAUUGGUCGAUGUCGAUUUUAACCUUUGACCUUCUCUCAUAAUUCAUCACUUCAUCUUUCAUCAAAAGAUUUUUAAUCCGAAGAAAAGAACAUUUUUUAAAACUCAUUUGUUAUUUUUUCUUUUUUUAUUUUCUAUUCAUUUCUUGGCGUUUAUGAUCGUUUAGGAAUCUUUAAAUCCUAUCCUGCUCAACCACACACACUGUAAUGAUUGUAUAGAUUAUUAGGAUGAGUAGGAUAUGAUCUAAUCUCUGUUUCUCCAAAGACGAGAGUUAUCCUCCCAUGAUGAGUGUUAAGUUAUUUCCCUUGAUAACACUGCCUAUUUUAUAUUGAGAGUUACACAGACUCGGUGUUAUGAAUGUAUCUGUCUGGAUUAUAAGAUCUAUUGUGCGUGUGUGUGAAAGGUUAUCCAGUAAGUAUAUAAUAUAAUUUAUUUGAAGCGUAAGUUAUUUAAGACUGGAUGAUAUAUUAUUAUUAUAUAUUAUAUAUUCAUUAUUGUAUGUAUGUAUGAACAGUAGUUAUAGUUAUUUUGUAAGAAACGGAAUCAAGUGCUUUAAAACUUUAAGAAUAUAUUUUACAACUACGCAAUAUUGGUCACAAAAAAAAUCCCUUUUGUCCACCAUUGUCAUCCAUUGUUUUAUUUUCUUGCUACUGAGUUUCGGCCAAGAAUUCGCAAAAGACUUAACUCUGCUGAUUAAUUAACAUUUGAAACAAAAAUAAUGGUAUUUUCACUAUAUCCAAGAGUAUUGAAAUGGAAACAUUCUGCCUAUAUUUUGGGAAAAAGUUUUAAAGCUGUUGGUUUUCUGGUUUCUAUGGUUACUUUGUUGUUACAAUGAUAAUAAUAAUACAUAUAGUUUCUUUGUUUAUGUAUAAUUGUUGAUUCACCAAGAACGUGAUGGUCUCAUUCUUCUGUUAUAACUUGUUUAUGCAUAGGGCUGCUGAAAUAACCUUUUAAGAACAAUGUCCAUUACAGAAAUAGAAUCUGAUGCUUUAACUGUUAUUAUUUAUGCAAGCCUAAUCAGAUUGUUUCCAUGCCAUUUAAUAUUAAACCGGGAAAUCUACUUUUCUAUAAAAUACAACUUUUGUUUAUAACUAGGAUUCAUAAUCAAUCCUAAACCAAUUGAUGCUCAGUAAUAAUGCCAAAUCAAUUUAACGAUUAGUUCCUCAGGUUCAUAAUGUCAGACACUGUCUAACCGAGGUCAUGUUGGUGUGCAUGUAAUGUAAAUGGAAAAGUGACUUUCAGGGCAAAAUUACCCUCAUAGUGUAUGCCCUUCUCGCUAGCGAGGUUAGCGUACAAAAGUAAGACAAUAAACUCCAUAUUAGAAAGUUGGUAACUUGAAAUUACCAGAUAUAGAAUGUAAUUCCAGCGCAGCUUUACCACUGAUUAAUUGUAUGUUGUACAUACUACAUAUUUACUGGUGAAUACCAUAUUUUACAGUCAUUAACAAUAAACAUAUGUCUUGAUAAAAGUUGGAAAUAAGUGUGCUAUGUAUUAAUUGUGUAAAGGGAAGUAACUGUACUGUGUUAUUGUAUAAAGGGAGAUCAGCAAGGGAGACUGUUAAUUGUGUGUAAAUUGUAAAUAAAAACAGCUAAAUAAUAAAAAUUUAAAUGAAAACAAUUAA